AAGACGCACAAUAGACGUAAAUAUGGAAAAUAAUUCGAAGGCAUGCCGCAGAGGUAAAGUUGACAAGAAACUUCUUCGUAAACAGAUUAAAUCCAGUCACACUUUACUGAAACAUGAAGGAAUCAGCACUACGUCGAAUCCCUCUAAGAGUUUAGUGGUGGCUAACGGUGGCCUGGGGAAUGGUGUCAGUAGGGAGGAGCUGUCUGCUGUGCUAAAAGAGAUGGGAGAGGUGGAGAGCCUCCUCAUGCCCCCUCACAAGCCCUACGCUUUUGUCACCUAUGGAUCUGAGGAGAUUGCCAGGAAAGCUCACGUCCACCUGAAUGGUCGAACACUUCAGCAUGGAGAGGAGAACAACGUGACUCUCUACCUCAGCUUUGUUGCCUCGGUGCCGUGUGAGCAGCAAGCUUGUGUGACUUUUCCACCUGGACUGGUUUUGGUGGAGGACUUUGUUUCUCCCCUGGAAGAAGCUCUACUGCUUGCUGCUAUUGACUGGUCAUCCACUAGUGAUCCUGACACUGCACAAAAAGCUCUGAAGCAUAGAAGAGUCAAACAUUUUGGCUAUGAAUUUUGCUACGACAACAACAAUGUAGACAAAGACAAGCCAUUACCUGUAGGUCUUCCUCAGGAGUGUCAGCCUGUACUGGACAGAAUUAUGGAAAAUGGAUAUACAAAGUUCAUGCCUGACCAGCUGACUGUUAACCAAUAUGAGUCUGGACAAGGCAUACCUCCUCACGUGGAUACGCACUCUGCUUUUGAGGACACCAUCCUCUCUCUAAGCCUGGGGGCAAAGACAGUUAUGGAAUUUCGUCAUCCUGACAACCGAGUAGUAAGCGUGUUUUUGCCAGCGCGAAGCCUCUUGGUGAUGCAAGGAGAGAGCCGUUACCUCUGGACGCAUGGAAUCACUCCUCGCAAGUUUGACAUGGUGCCCGCCUGCGAUGCUCAAUGCUCGGCUCCGUCUAUGCGUGACAUUGGUGCCCUCAACCAACUCACCUUGAGCAAAAGGGACACUCGAACGUCUUUCACUUUCCGCAAGAUCAGACAUGAACCUUGCUGCUGUGCUUUUCCCUCAGCCUGUGAUAGUCAAGGAGCUCCCUCUCCACCCUCCCCUCCUUCACUUCCUCGAGGCCACGAUGAUGCUACCCGUCUGGAGGAAGAAUAUGUUCACAGGGUGUAUGACGCAAUCGCCCCCCACUUCAGCAGCACGCGUCACACCCCUUGGCCCCGUGUGUGCCACUUCUUGUCCUCGCUCUCACCUGGGAACGUGCUGGUCGAUGUUGGCUGCGGAAAUGGAAAGUAUCUGGGGGUCAACCCGGAGGCCAUUAGUGUGGGCUGUGACCGGAGCAGCGCCCUCGUCCAAAUCUGUGCCCAGCGAGGUUUCCCGGCAUUUGUUUCCGAUGCCCUCUGUGUUCCGCUUCGAACAGCUUCUUGUGACGCCUGCAUCUCUAUAGCCGUCAUACACCACUUUUCCACAUCAGAGCGUCGCUUGGCAGCUGUGAAGGAGUUGGUGAGACUUUUGAAGCCUGGGGGUCAUGCUCUCAUCUAUGUCUGGGCCUUCGAGCAAGAGUACAAGCAGCAGAAGUCCAAGUACCUCAAAGACUACAACGCUAAAAACAAUGCGGUCGAGGACAACCCAGAGCCUGACGGAAAAUCAGAAAGCAGCCCGGAACAUGACAAGAAAAGAUCCUCGGAUGAAGCGACUGCUGACAAACUUAGUGUUCAUAUUAAUCGCACAGCCUUCAAUUCUCAGGACCUUCUUGUUCCGUGGCAUCUGAAAGAGGGGAAAGGAGGGAAAACAAGGGAGGGUGACUCAGAAGAGGCGUGUACAGAUAGAGAUAAAACUAAGUGUAAAAAGCUUUCAAAAGACUCUUGUCCAGACAAUCGUGACUCAAGCAUUAGAUCCCACUGUAAUGUUGACAGUCAUCAUGAGGCAGGGAGCCAGAGUGGCCAGGCGCCUGUCUUCCACCGUUAUUACCACGUGUUCCAGCAAGGAGAGCUGGAGCAGCUGUGUGUGCAGGUGGAGGGAGUCAAAGUGCAAAGUAGCUACCAUGACCAGGGCAACUGGUGUGUUCUUUUAGAGAAGGGAUCCGGAAGUAGAAAUUCAUCUGGAAAAUAAUGCAGCGUCAAUCAUGGUGGAAUCAAAGAUUAUUUUAACAGCCAAAGAAAACACAUCAUAGAACUAGACAUCUGCAGUAGUUAAAAUGUUAACAAAAGUCAAAAUAAAGCAGGCACACUAUUUUAUUUCAUAGUGUUUGAUUAUGAGGCACAUUUCAACUUGAGUUAUAAAGCACUUUAAAAACAACGACAUCUGCAUACAAAGUGCUGUAAACAAAGUAAAAAUCAGACAUAAAACACGGAACACAAUAAAACCGUAUAAAAAUGCUGAGUGGAAAGCCGAAGAAUAAAAAUGUUGUAAAUUCCAGUAAGUCUUGUCAGUCAUCCUUAAUCAAAAAAAAAAAAAUCAUGUGUGCUCAUGUGUAUGAUGUGGCUCUUUGCGAUGACACAGUAAAAAAUGUGGCUCUUAGUCUCUGACUGGUUGGCCACCCCUGCUCUAGGUGUUUUAGAUGCAUAGAUUACAAAUGAUGAAUAACACACUGUUGAAUUAUUUGUAUUUAAACUUUAUUUUAAUCUUUUGCUAUUUUAGCAGUCUUCUAAGAGAGCUCAAGAAUGUCAGGAGCCGGAGCCAGUGGACCUGUCUCCGACGGUCUCUGAACUAGACCCUGAAACCAAGAUUAAUGGUGAUUGUGGAAUUAAUGAUAAGAUUAAGAAUGAUUCCUAGUACCACACAACUGAUCACUCCUACGCAUUGCCUUCUGCUUGUCUUCUAAGGAAGAGACUAGAUGUAGCCCUAGCAAGAGUGGAGAGUUUGGAACGGGAGAACAGGAACGCAAAAAUCAGAGAAAGUCGGGCCAAGGAAAGGCUGCACUGUCUGCUUGAUGAACUGAAGAAGAAUCUCAUCAACAUAGAGCUACAAGACAAGCUUGAUCUUUACUCAGGACUUAAUCUUGACCUCUUUGAAAAGAAGAGUCAUGAGUACUCACAGGACCAGCGAGGGUUUGCCCUCACGCUCAACCUCCACGGGCCAAAGGUCUAUCACUACCUCAGAGAGACUCUGCAACUCCCCCUCCCACAUUCAAAGACUUUGCAAAAGCGGAUGGCACAACAACCCCAUGACAGGACAAUGCCAGAUGAUUUUCCCGCCAUGUAAUGGUUGGGAACCAAGUGGCAGCACCGGACAAGGCUGUGUUUCGUCUUCUUUUGAGAGAUGUCCCCUGCUGCAGCAGCCGAAGAACCAGAUGAGUUUCUGCCGAUGUACUUCCCAUUGUCAGCAAGGUUACCUACCUGCCCACCUGUUUGUUGGUCUCAUUGAAAAUACCUUGGUCAGCAUUUCUGGGUUUGUUGUUUGAAAGAUGUUAAGAUGCCACGUGAAGUUUGUUGUCACCAUCUGCUUCAAAGUAUUUCUGUGUGGAAAAAAAUAAUAAAAAUAAAACAUUUCUAAUACCCUG